AUGGGUUUCCAAGUGAAGCUAAAGGAUUAUAAAAAGUUUGAAAAGAAAACAGAGUAUCUCGCUGACAUUUUGGAUCAUCUAAAGACAUCGCAAUUGCCAACGAUGGUAUUCAAAUUUAAAUACGAUAGUUCAGUGGCAAAGAAUGCAGAGUUUGAUCAGUUGAUCGAGCAGUUUGGUUCGUUGUUUGGUUAUCAUGGUAGCAGUAACGACAGUUGGAACAAUAUCAUACGUGGUCGUGGUUUUGCCAACCAAUAUAUAUCGGAGGGUUGUCUCUUUGGUCAUGGAUUCUAUUUCUCAUCGGACAGCAAGGUUUCACAUUCGUUUGUAAAAAUUGGAAAAUGGUGGGAUCGUUCAGAUUUCGGUGGACGUGUAGGAUGUCUUUCGGCAUGUGAAAUCGUUGACACCGACCAGACUCACCGUGGUAUCAAAGUAUCACCUCAAUCUUCACCUAAAUCAAAACCACUCUAUCAAUACACUGAAGAUGACAAGUCACUUCCUGACCACUAUAUCGUAUCGAAAAUUGGAGGACAUAUAAGGGUUAAGUAUCUACUGAUAUUCCAAGAUCAAACCAAUACAAUGAAUCUUAAUCUUUCUUCAUCUUCCACAUCCAACAACCUCUCCAACCAAAACAAUAAUCAAAACCAUGACAAUAACACCAAUCAUACAAUUAACAACAACAAUAAUAAUAACAGUGUAAAUAGAAUCAAAAAUUUAAUUCCUCGACAACUGAAUAUAUUCAUAGUAUUAUUUAUUCUCUAUGCAAUUGUAUUGGUGAUUGCAGGAAAUCCAUGGAUAUUUUCAAUUGGUACACAAAAGAAAAGUUUCAAAAAGAUAGUUUCAAAAUUAGAAUUGUAA